GUGGAGAAUAUGUAGAUAAUCAUGCGAGCCCUAAACAGCUUAGCCGGGGCGUAAUAAACUAUGUAUGUAUGUAUGUAUCUGCUGUACUGCAUGCAGUAUAAGAGCAAGGCAAUUCUACCCCUCUUCGAAACAAGGCGACUGGCAUCGCAUCAAUACACUGCCAGGUCCCAGUUGAUCGACAUGGCUCUUGAGCUUUUCAUUCUGUCCUGUGUGAGAUCUCCUGCUGGGCCUCUCCAUCUACCGGAUAUUGAGCGGCCGCUCAGAAUCAGAAUCGAAGGUCCGCGAGAAUCGAUUGAAAAGCUAUCCCCGUCUGUUGUAUGGGAUACUCGCGUAUUUGAUGGGAAGUUUCCUCAGGAAGCUGGUCCACCACUCGCAACGCUGACGUUUCGGCACAUUUACGGGGAGAGUGUCCGUCCUGAUGUCCCCGGCGAUUUGGUCGUACGGGACGAAUACAUUGGAAGGAUUGUACAGGAUAAAAGAAUAGUGGACGACUUUGACUACUAUGGUGUUACGUUUGAUUAUCUUGUUCCCGUAGAUGACGCCGAUCCGGAGGUACUACAACUCAACAUCAUCGAGGUGGAGUCUGAUCAGGGGAAGACCGCCAACGAAUACGUGAGAUUUCCGGUUGAUGCAUUGGAGUACGCAGGAAAGAAGGUAUUGGCUGUUCCCAGAUGUUGUCAGAAACGGAAGGGCAUUACAGAUCGUGCAAGGGUCAAUAACGGUGUUUUGGUCAGGGAUGGGCAUCCCAACCCGUGGAUGCAAAGCAAGUAAAGCAGAGAUGGGCCAU